CUUUGAUAUCAAGUAAAGAAAGUGGGCAGCGGUUGUUGGAUUCAAUCACCACGGCAACAGUGACAACAAAUGCGGAAACGAGUCCCACUCACUAAUAUACAGAGCAGUGGUCCCAGCACUCAACAACCACCAUGUAAUGAUUUCAGCCUAAGUUACACAUCUGAUAUCUCCGGUUAAAAGAAGAAAAUGACCUCAACAUUACAGCCACAGAAUGAGGUGCAGAGCGGGGUUUACACGUUUUCCAGCCGCCCGCGUCCGGUUCCCAGCCGCCCCAAAUACAGAAACAGUUCUCCACUGCUAAAUGAAGAACAGGGCAGUUACGGAAACAUCAUGUAUGAUCGACAUGUUGUCCGAGGAAACACGUAUUCUCAAAAUAUUACAUCUCAGCCCAAUCCCGUUGAAUUCCUGAGACAACAGGAAACCAGAAGAAAAUCUAUGUCCAGGAAAAGUGUGAAUGAGCACUUUGGGCUGAAAAUGCCAGAUCCACUAGAGGCCAGAAAGAACAUAGAUGUGCAGAUAGAAACAUAUCUGGAGGAGUUAAGUGAUCAUAUAGAGGAUGCCAGCAUGGAAUGCCAAACAGACAUGUUCCUGGAAAAACCGGCCACUCCCCUCUUCAUUCCAGCAAAAACUGGACAAGAUGCAGCCACACAGAUAGAAGAAGGAGAGCUGUUUGAUUUUGAUGUGGAGGUGCAGCCCGUGCUGCAGGUGUUGGUGGGGAAGACAAUAGAGCAGGCCUUGCUGGAAGUGGAGGAGGAGGAAGAGCUGGCUAGCUUGAGGAGUCAGCAGUGGGUGUUCAAGGAGAUCCAUGAUGCUGAGUUGGUGGAGGUGCAGAGGCUAGAGGAGAGGGAACGGCGCCUCCGUGUGGAGGAGGAGAACCGGAUAAAGCAGCAGAAGGCUGUGCUGGAAAAGGAGAAAGAGACUGCAGAGAAAAUUGCUGCAAGAGCAUUUGCUCAGCAGUACAUGUCUGACUUGUUGCCCCCAGUCUUUUACAAUCUGAGGGAUAGUGGCUAUUUCUAUGACCCUGUGAAGAGAGAUUUAGAGACCAAAUUCCUCCCUUGGCUGAUGAAAGAAGUCAACAAUACUUUGGAACUGAGAUAUGUGGCUAGAACUGUGCUUGACAUGCUCAUUCAAGACAGCAGUCACCAAAGAUUGAAGGCCUUUCAGCUGCAAGAAUAAACUAAUGCUCCCAACUGAGAUUUCUCUUUACAAGAGGUCUUACCAGAAAACCACUCCAGGAAGUUGAAAAUGCAUCUGGAAAAAUAUUAAAUAUUCAGUUUCUUUACAACUCAUUGGUUUUAUAUUUCAGUGAUAUUUGGAAAUAGAUUUGCCAAUUGUUAGCUUCAUGCUAUUAAAGAAAUUCAAGCUGUCAAUGUGCUGCCCUGAUGUACUUGUACAGAGACUAUGGCUGUGUCCGAAUCCAAAGGUAGCUGCGUUGUUGCCUCUCUGACCUAUCAGUCAAUGUCUUAGCAGACAACAUUUGCAUACAAAAGUACCUCUGGAAACUGGUUUUGGACAGGCUUCCAAGCUGCACUACGUCACGUCAUUGCUAGGAUACCAGAAUUAAUUCAGUCCAACUGAACCACAACAGACUACCAAAAAUAAAAGUUCAGUCAUUGUUUACUCACCCCUGUGUUGUUAUAAUCCUAUAUACUUUUCUUUAUUUUAUUUUUUCCUUUGAAUCCCCUUUUCUUCCAAUUUGGAAUGCCCAAUUCCCACUACUUAGUAGGUCCUCGUGGUGGCGCGGUUACUCGCCUCAAUCCGGGUGGCGGAGGACAAGUCUUAUGGGGCUUUUCCACUGUUCAGUACAGCUCGACUCGACUCUGCUCACUUUUUGGGGGUACUCCACUGUGGAUAGUAAUUGGUACUUUUUUUAGCACCACCUCGGUCGAGGUUCCAAGCGAGCUGAGCCGAUACUAAAUGUGACGUCAAAAUCCUGCAGAUCUCUGAUUGGUCAGAGAGAAUUGUCACUACCAGAGUCACUGGAUUUGUGACUUGGGACAUCAACCCGCUAGUUUUAAAGUUAGCUACAGUGAUAGCAGUAUAAUUUGUUCACGUGACUUUAGAAUUGUAAAAAGAACUGGCUGUGCAAAACCAUGCCAUGGUCAAUAAACAAGGUGCAGACGUUCUUCUCGUUUGCGACGAACGAAACAAAAAAGUCUUACAGGAAGUUACAGGACAAUUCUUGUGAUUUUAAAAUGUCAUUUAUUGUCACACUGACAUUUGUUGAUCAAGAUACAAACAACUGCAACACAACGAAUUGUGAGCUGUAAAAAUAACAAAAGACCAGUUACUGUCACUCGGUAACAAAUCAUUUGUCUGUUACGCUGAGCCUAGUUGAGGUCACAUGAAAAAUGAACAAAUGUACUUGUAUAAAGAUUUGUUUAUUUUGCUGAAUGAG